UUCAUACAGUUUUGUAAAUAAUGUUGGGUGUACGUGUGAACUCUUUCAAUGAAAACAGCCUUGGUGAACCAGAGCAGGAUGCGAAUUCAGCUUUAACUGAAUUAGAUAAAGGUCUCAGAUCGAACAAAGUUGGAGAUCAGUGCGAUGCGAUUGUUAGAUUCCCCAGGUUGUUCGAGAAAUACCCAUUUCCCAUCCUGAUCAAUGCAUCUCUGUUGAAGCUUGCCGAAGUUUUCCGUACAGGGAACAACUUUCUUCGGUUAUGUGUCCUGAGGGUGUGCCAGCAGAGUGAGAAGCAUUUGGAUAAAGUUUCGAACGUUGAUGAAUUUGUGAGGAGGGUGUACAGUGUGAUUCACAGUAACGACCCAAUUGCCAGGGCUUUGGUUCUACGCACCCUCGGAGCUGUGGCUUGCAUCAUACCUGAGAGACAGCAGGUUCAUCAUUGCAUCAGAACCAGCUUGGAUUCACACGAUGAGGUUGAGGUGGAGGCUGCAAUUUUUAUUGCCAUACAGUUUGCUGCCCAUUCAAAGACGUUUGCAAUUGGAAUGUGCAAUAAAAUAUCGGAUAUGAUCCAAGGGCAAGCCACGCCGGCCAACAUGAAGUUGCAAUUGAUUCCUAUCCUGCAACACAUGCACCACGAUACAAACACUGCAGCAAUGGUUAGGAAUCUCUGCAUAGAGCUUCUUCCAACAUAUCCUGCGGAGGAAUUUGUUUUGACCAUAUUGAACACUCUGACACAGUUGGCUGCUGCUACUUUAGUCGAUAUUCCAAGUCAAGUUUUGUUGUUGCUGCAAUAUUUGAAGACGGAUCCUCGGUGGGAAGUUAAAUCACACUGCCUGAAAUAUCUGCAUCAAAUGGCUAAACCUGGGGCGCAUCUAUGGCCAAACGGGGCUGUAGAUUGUAUUUUGGAUAUGGCUUUGGAGACGACAUCGCCGAAGAUGUUGAGAUUAGCGUUGAGCGUUAUCGAGGUAUUGACGAAAUUUCCAAAGCUGUGCCAUGAACACCAGUUGCAAUCAUCUAAACUAAGACAAUUAUGUUCAAAACAUAGCGUAUCUUCAUAUCAACCAAUCGCCGCACUAUCCAUUAACAUCCUAACGCAAAUCGUUUGCUAUUGCUAUAAAGAGAAUAUUGAAGUUGGAGGAACCGAGGAAAUAAUAUGUUCGUUGGAAACGCUUAUUUUGCUGCUCACAUAUUCGGAGGAGAAAUACCCGUAUCAGUUGAAAUUGGCUUUGAAGUGCGCUGUGAAAUUGGCUGAACAUAAGAGGGAUAAUUGCGAGAGGUUUAUUAAACUUUUGGGAUCGCGUCUAGGAUUCGUUGAUGGCGAUUGUACCAUAAUAAUAUGCGAGGCUUUGGGAGCAAUCGGAAGUCUGGAUGCUGACACGUUAUUACCGCUGCUAAGGGAUAUUGUUCAGCUGCUGGUGCAGAUCUCUGCGAUCGCCAAUCCUUCGCGACAGCAGACGACGAUAGCUGUGAUGCUAUGUACGUUAGUGUUCCAAACGCUUUCGGGUUAUAAUUGGAAUCAGGAAGUAACCGAUGUUAUCCACAAGGUAACCAGUUGCAAUAACUUGUGGGCGAACUAUAGGAUCGGAAGAGCCGCGGUUCGUUACGGUCAUCACGCCAUAGCCUUUCACAUCUUCAACAGCUUAACGGAACAAGUGAGCUCGGAACAUUGGCAUUUUUGGCUGGUCUGUUUGAAGGAGAUGUCCGAGGGCGAAGUGAUGUUGGCCAGUGAGAACGGAAGCAUCGUGGGUCGCUUGGAUUCAGCCGUCGCCCAUUACAACAAAGCUAUUGCCGCGUUGAAAGCUGCGAGUACACCCUCGCACAAUUUACAAUUCCAAGCGGAGUACAUGCGAAUCCGUGCUGAAUACUUGCAGUGUUUGCUCCAGCUGUUGCACACGUGCAAUAUUCUCUGCAUAGUUCCACCACCGGCAAUAGCAUCCACCAUCGCUCAGACCACAAGGGAUGAAUUUCAGCGUCAUGGGUACAUCACCAAUCAGAUGCGAAAGUGCGUCAAGGAUUUCCAAGCUUGUGGCGAUCUUUACCUGAAACUGUAUCAAACCGCGUUCGACGCGGAUCCAGCCACUCUUGAAAAUAUUCAAAUUUUACAGCAAAUGUGUGUCCUCUUGGAGCAAUGCAUUGACAGCGUUUGUUCGAAUAACACGCAGAACGGUCACACCUUGGAUAUAGAGGUGAAGAAUUUGCGUUUGGAGUGUCGACAGUUGUUGGUGGGUUGCAGGAACGCAGCUAAAAUUGGAAAAAGCAUCGGCGAUCAAAUCAACACGCAAACCAUCACGCAUAAGCACGUUGAGCUGCUGAACAGAAUAGUGGAGGUUUUAGUGGACGCUCCAUUGCCUGUGCCAAGAUUCUUCUUCCAGGUGCUGCAAUGUACCACACUGAAAUUGGCCAUUUCUCCGCAACCUCGAGUGAUGGGUGAAUUCAUAAGCGUGCAGACGGGAUCACAAUUGGCUGUUAAAGUGGAGGGCGUUAUUCAACACGGUCAGAAGCCGGGGCUUUACAGGCACGUCGAGGGUGUCGUCGUCACCGUCACCUCGCAGUUGCAACCGAGCAAUAAAAUCAAGGAUUCCGAUAUUAAGGCUGUAGAUGCGAAUUCAGUGUUGACGCAAACUGUGACGCCGCACAAGGAUUUCUUUUCGGCGCAAUUCCUUCUGGCUUUCCCUCGCGGAGGUCAAUACAUUCUGGCGGUGGAUGCGUCGGUUGCGGAUAAAGCAGGAAACACGUGGAAGACUGGUCCCAGGUCGACUCUAACGGUGAAGGUGCCGGAAGAGCCGAAGCUCCAACCGAUUUCGAUGCCUGGAAUGGCCGGAAACUCGAAUGUGAUUUUGAUGGCGGAGGACAGCCAUUUCUUGAGGAAAAAGUAAAGGUAACAACUUAAGCGACAAUUUAUUUAUAAUUAAAUAUAAACUAAAAAAAAAAGAAGGAAAGAUAGAAAAUAAACACGAUA